ACAGCCUUCUCCUCCCCCCUCGCUACUCUCUGUCUCUCUCAACCGACCAACCCAAUACCAAAAUCAAUAAAAUGGAUUCAACCAGAGAGACUCAGAUGACUCCAACCCAAGUCUCCGACGAAGAAGCCAGCCUCUUCGCCAUGCAGCUAGCCAGCGCCUCCGUUCUCCCCAUGGUGCUCAAGGCAACCAUCGAGCUCGACCUCCUUGAGAUUAUGGCGAAAGCCGGGCCUGGUGCUUUCGUCUCUCCGGCGGACUUAGCUUCGCAGCUGCCGACCAAGAACCCUGACGCGCCCGUCAUGCUGGACCGCAUGCUGCGCCUCCUGGCCAGCUACUCCAUCCUCGCUUACUCCCUCCGCACGCUUCAGGAUGGCAAAGUCGAGCGGCUGUACGGCCUAGGCCCUGUCUGUAAGUUCCUGACAACGAAUGAGGAUGGUGUUUCUAUUGCUUCUCUCUGCCUCAUGAACCUGGACAAGGUCCCUGUUGAGAGCUGGUACCACCUGAAAGAUGCAGUUCUUGAAGGAGGGAUUCCCUUCAACAAGGCCUAUGGAAUGACUGCUUUUGAGUACCAUAGCACUGACCCAAGAUUCAACAAGGUCUUCAACAGGGCAAUGGCUGACAUCUCCACCAUUACCAUGAAGAAAAUUCUUGAGACCUACAAGGGCUUUGAGGGCCUCACAUCCGUCGUUGAUGUUGGUGGUGGCAUUGGUGCUGUCAUUAACAUGAUCGUUUCUAAGUACCCUUCGAUUAAGGGCAUUAACUUCGACUUGCCUCAUGUCAUCAAAGAUGCCCCCCAAUAUCCUGGUGUGGAGCACAUUGGAGGAGACAUGUUUGGAACUGUUCCAAAAGGAGAUGCAAUUUUCAUGAAGUGUGUAUGUCACGACUGGAGUGACGAGCAUUGUCUGAAGAUUUUGAAGAACUGCUAUGCUGCUCUUCCUGAUAACGGCAAGGUGAUUCUUGCCGAGUGCAUUCUUCAGGUAGCCCCGACCAGCAACCUUGCCACCAAGGUAGUUGCCCAUCACGACCUGAUCAUGUUAACUAACAGCCCUAGCGGAAGAGAGAGAACGGAGGAGGAGUUCGAGGUCUUGGCUAAAGGAUCUGGAUUCCAAGGCUUCCGAGUCAUGUGCCCUGCAUUCAAUACCUAUGUCAUUGAACUUCUUAAGAAGAAUUGAAUAUAACUUUGGCUUUAGGUAUGAUAACUUCUGUAUUCAUAUUGCUUUGGUUUUUUAUAUGGUGAUCGCAUGUGGAUUUUUCACCAUAGGUAGGCUUUCAUAAGUUAUAAAAAAAAAUAGAGGAGUUUACGUAAAUACUAUAUGCACUUUUGUCGAUGUGCGCAUCUACCAUAUGAAUUUUUCAUUUGUAUUAUUUACCAUUUGAACUUUGUAUUA